AUGUGUUACCAGCUCAAUGGGCCCUUUACCUCAUCACAUGAGGAAAUUGCCUUUCACCAAACGAAUCACUCAAAUGCCUCUGUAUUUAGAUUCAAAAAAAAUCAGACUGCUGGAGUCACUUUCAUUCUCUGGGUCUUCUCAGAAUAUCCAGACCUUCAGACGCCCCUGUUCCUGGUCUUCCUGACCAUCUACACAAUCACUGUGCUGGGGAAUCUGGGCAUGAUCAUGGUCAUCAAGAUCAACCCCAAACUUCACACCCCCAUGUACUUUUUCCUCAGCCACUUGUCCUUUGUUGGUUUCUGUUAUUCCACCACAGUUACGCCAAAACUGCUGGAGAACUUGGUUGUGGAAGACAGAACCAUCUCCUUCACAGGAUGCAUCAUGCAAUUCUUCUUUGCCUGUAUAUUUGUGGUGACAGAAACAUUCAUGCUGGCAGCGAUGGCCUAUGACAGAUUCGUGGCAGUGUGUAACCCUCUGCUUUACACGGUUGCAAUGUCCCAGAGGCUUUGCUCCUUGUUAGUGGCUGCAUCAUACUCUUGGAGUUUAGUUUGUUCCUUAACAUACACAUACUUUCUGUUGACUUUAUCUUUUUGUAGGACUAACUUCAUUAAUAACUUUGUUUGUGAGCAUGUCGCCAUUGUUGCUGUGUCCUACUCUGACCCCUACAUGAGCCAGAAGGUCAUUUUAGUUUCUGCCACAUUCAAUGAAAUAAGCAGCCUGGUGAUCAUUCUCACUUCCUAUGCUUUCAUUUUUAUCACUGUCAUGAAGAUGCCUUCCACUGGGGGGCGCAAGAAAGCGUUCUCCACGUGUGCCUCCCACCUGACCGCCAUUACCAUUUUCCAUGGGACUAUCCUUUUACUCUACUGUGUUCCUAACUCCAAAAGUUCAUGGCUCAUGGUCAAGGUGGCCUCUGUCUUUUACACAGUGGUCAUUCCCAUGCUGAACCCCUUGAUCUAUAGCCUCAGGAAUAAAGAUGUAAAAGAGACAGUCAGGAAGUUAGUCAUCACCAAAUUAUUAUGUCAUAAAAUAUAA